CAUUUCCCAAUUUAAAUGCUUUUUUUUCCCUUCAAAUUUUCGGUUUUUCUCAGUGUUUUAAAAUUUUCCACUAAUCUGGCUAAUUCUAAUCCGUGGUGGGCUAGUCGGGUGGGCUUUCCGGCCACCGACCCGGUUUCUACCACCGUCGGCGGCUGCGGAACAGAGCACGACAACGAUGAAGACGAGCUGAAGGAAGGUAGCGUGCUGGUUGGGAACCGCCGAACGAGAGGGCGGCCACCGGGAGCGAAGAACAAACCAAAACCCCCAAUCAUCGUCACGCGGGACAGUCCUCACGCGCUUCGCACGCACGUGAUCGAGAUCGCCGGAGGAGCCGACGUGGCGGACAGCAUAAACCAAUUCUCCAGCCGCCGACAACGUGGGGUUUGUGUUCUCAGCGGAAACGGCACGGUUGCCGACGUGACUCUCCGGCAAUCCGCCACCGUGAUCCAACUUCACGGCCUGUUCGAUAUUCUAUCACUGAGCGGCUCUUUUCUUCCCGGUCCAGCCAUCCCCUGUUCCACUAGACUGACCGUGUACCUCGCCGGUGGUCAAGGGCAGGUGGUCGGAGGGACAGUGGUGGGCCCUUUGUUGGCAGCUGGGCCUGUCAUUUUGAUAGCUGCUACUUUUGCUAAUGCAAUUUAUGAGAGAUUGCCUUUACAAGACGACCAUGAUUACCAACAAACAGAGGUUUCUCCGGCCGCUAUAGAUGGCGGAGAAGUGGAGGAGCCGCCGCUUCCGCCGCCGUAUCCCCGGACGACAACUUCAAUUUAUGACUUGAUGACACCAAAUAAUGAUCAUGAAAUGGGAAUUGAUAAGGUUUGGUUGGGCUCAGCUUAGUUUAUAAUUGUAUAAAAAAAAAAAGUAUUUUUUUUUUCAUAUUGUAUCGUAUUGCAUUUGAAUUUA